AUGCUGUCCCUCCUCCUCUUCGCCGCUGCGGUGGCUGCGCAGUGCACACUGCCAACCACGCCCCUCGCCUCAACCAUCACCGAGCCCUUUGGUAUCCAGGUUCAGAACCCGGCGUUUCCCGAAAUCCACAACCGCUACCUCUAUCUUUGGGAUGCCGGCGGCGGCGACAAACAUCUCUAUCUCAACCCCGCCGGCGUUCCCGCGACGACGCUGACCCUCGACGCCGGCGUUCUCGAAUUGGGGCCUCUCUUUGCCGUCAUCAAUGGCGAGUACACCGCCUGGGACAACACGACCAAGCUCUUCACCACGCAGCGCGGCGACCCUCGCGCCAUCUUCGAGCCCACCCACGCCUGCAACCCCGACACGACCGCCCCGCAGAUCGAACUCGCCUUCACGGGCCGCCAGACGUCCCCUCCAGGCGGUCACAUCUGCGUCCGCCUCGCCUCGGGCAACAGGCACGAGUUCCGCUACUCGCCGCCGCAGAACCCGGCCCACGACCCCUCCCGUCCGUGCAUCCCCGUCGUCCUGGCCCUCACGCGCGACGUGCCGCCCCCGCAGCCCGCGCCGACAACAAUUACAACAAUUACAACGACGACGACGACGACGACUGCCGGUCCCCCGGUCGUCCCGUCCGCCACGGCGGCGCCGGCUCCCUUCCGGGACGUGACGGCCCUGGGCUGGCGGUUCGUCGGGUGUGCGCCCGAAGAGGGCCCCGCGGGCGACGGCCUUGGGCGGACGCUCGGCGGGGCGCUGCACGCGGACGAUGGGCUGACGAACGAGGUCUGCGUUGCGUUCUGCCGGGGCCGUGGGUUCCGGUUUGCCGGGUCCGAGUACCGUCGUGAGUGCUGGUGCGGGAACACGCUGGCGGAGACGAGGGUGCCUGGGACGACGGCCGCGAGCCUGGCGGGGUGUCGGCUUCCUUGCGCGGGAGACGGGGCGCAGAUUUGCGGAGGGAGGGGGUGGAUGAGUUUGUAUGAGGCUUGUGUGGAGGGGGGGUCGUGUGUGAAUGCUGAGUUUGAGUCGUGA